AUGGAUCCAUCAAAACAGGCGUUCCUGAUACAGCAGUCCUUAAAUAAGUUAGUGGGCGCCACUGGAGAACAGCUGGCGCCGGGCGCUGUUCCGCAACAACCCGUUCUCGCCGCGGGGUUGGCGCCGUCUGCCCAUGGACUGACUUCUUUACAAAGUCAUCAAUUGAAUAGUAUGGUGGCUGCUAUUCAAAAGCAGGCUGCUCAGAAUGCAUCAUUUCUGCAGAAUGUGCCGUCUACUUCCAUGCAAGGACCAUCUCAUCUUGCACCUCUAGAUGUUGCCGCCAUCACCGAGAAGGCACAUCGGCUGUAUCAAGCUGGAGAUUACGCUAGUGCUGAACGCCACUGCCUCAUGAUAUAUCAACAGGAUCGCACUAAUGUCAGCGUACUUUUGCUGCUCUCUUCGAUUCAUUUCCAACUCAAGAAUCUUGAAAAGUCCAAACAGUUCUCGACAAUGGCCAUUCAAGCUAACAGUCAGUGCGCCGAAGCUUACAGUAAUCUUGGGAAUGUUUUCAAGGAACGAGGAGAGCUAGCGGAAGCUCUCGAAAACUAUAAAUAUGCUGUCAGACUAAAGCCUGAUUUUAUCGAUGGGUACAUUAACUUGGCCGCUGCUCUGGUUGCAGGGGGCGAUUUGGAUCAGGCUGUUGCAGCUUAUCUUAGUGCACUCAAUUACAACCCGGAGCUGUACUGUGUACGUAGUGAUUUGGGAAAUUUGCUGAAAGCAAUGGGUCGAUUAGAAGACGCGAAGAUAUGCUAUUUGAAAGCAAUCGAGACGCAACCACAAUUUGCUGUGGCUUGGUCUAAUCUCGGUUGUGUGUUCAAUGCUCAGGGUGAAAUCUGGUUGGCAAUCCAUCAUUUUGAAAAGGCUGUUCAACUUGACCCCAACUUUUUGGAUGCAUACAUUAAUCUUGGAAACGUUCUUAAAGAAGCACGAAUUUUCGACAGGGCUGUCGCAGCGUAUCUUCGCGCUCUUAACUUGGCCUCAAAUCAUGCAGUCGUUCAUGGGAAUCUUGCCUGCGUCUACUACGAACAAGGAUUGAUUGACCUGGCGAUUGAUACUUAUCGUCGCGCUAUCGAGCUGCAGCCGAAUUUCCCGGAUGCCUAUUGUAACCUGGCGAACGCAUUAAAAGAAAAGGGACUUGUUCAAGAGGCGGAGAAUGCUUAUAUGACAGCAUUGGGGCUAUGCCCAACACAUGCCGAUUCCCAGAACAACUUGGCUAACAUCAAGCGGGAACAGGGAAAAAUCGAAGAAGCCACGCGACUCUACCUUAAAGCGCUCGAGAUAUAUCCCGAAUUUGCGGCUGCGCAUAGCAAUUUGGCGUCAAUUCUCCAACAACAAGGAAAGCUCCAGGAAGCCAUACUGCAUUACAAGGAAGCGAUCCGGAUUGCUCCGACGUUUGCCGAUGCCUACUCGAACAUGGGUAAUACUCUGAAAGAGAUGGGUGAUGCAGCGAAUGCUAUGCAGUGCUACACGCGCGCCAUACAAAUCAAUCCUGCUUUCGCUGAUGCUCAUUCAAACCUUGCUAGUAUACAUAAAGUAAGACUUUCACAUUUGAACUGGCUACUAAAC